AUGCAGGACCUCAUCCUCGACAAGGAUGGUGACCACCCCGAGUCGGAGCAGCAGUACACUGGCGAGGGGCUGUACGCGGUGCGCGUCUGCCGCGGCGGAGAGUGGCGCACGGUCGUGAUCGACGACUUCCUGCCGUGCGACGCAAAGGGCCAGCCGGCGCUCGCACCGCCGCCCGCCCGCGCGUUUGCCCGCUCUGCCGUCAAGAGUGGCACUGUCGAGAUCUGGGUCAUGCUGGCGGAGAAGGCGUACGCAAAGCUCUACGGGUCCUUCAGCGCGAUUAUCGGCGGCUCCGAGGCCGAGGCGCUCCAGGACCUGACCGGCGGCCUCCCCUCGCGCAUCGGCAUUGGAGGCGAACAAGCGGAGCCGCGGUUCAAGGGCUCUGGUGCGGCCGAGGAGGCGUGGACGCUGCUGAACUCACUGCUCGACGAGGGUGCGGUAGUUUGCUGCUCGCGCCAGGCUGACGCCAUCCGGCGUGGCAUCAUCCCGAACCACGCGUAUGGCAUCCUGCGCGCGCUCGAGGUGAGGCUCGUCGGUGGCAAGUCGGCGAAGCUGGUGCAGGUGCGCAACCCGUGGGGGCGAGGUCUAGAGUGGGACGGCGCCUGGUCCGACGCCGACUCGUCCUGGACACGCGUCGCGCCCGAGUCGCAGCGUCUGCUCGGAAGGAACGUCGGCACGGGGCAGCAAGUGUCGGACGGGACGUGGUGGAUGACCGUCGCCGACUGGCAAGCCAACUUCCACCGCCUCGAGUGCUGCCGACACCUCGAGCUGCUGCCCGAGUGGACGGUGGCCGCAGGGUCCCGCAUGGUGGUUUGUCUGCAGACGGCGCGAGGCACGCGAGACCACAAGGUCUCGCUCGCCAUUGCGCCGAUGCUGAUGGAGGGCCCGCCGUCGGAGGCGGUCGGAAAGCGCGUGCUCAAGUUCGGGGAGCGCCUGCAGGAGCCCGUCUUCCGCCUCGGCCGCUUUUCCGCCGCGACCACGCGAGGGGGCGGCGCCGUCAUCGUGCCAGCCCUGAUGGGCGAGAACGGUGCCGGCGGCAGCGGCCCGAGCAUCGCCGAGCCAAAGACGUACCAUAUGCAGAUCUGCACGCUCGGGCCGUCAAAGCUGAUCCCGGUGCCGACCGAGCCGCGGCCAAACUGUCCACAGUGCGGCAAGCUGGUCAAGCUGCCGUGGGUCGCAUUUGGCAGCGGGCUGAACGCAAAGUACGUGCACAGCGAGUGCAGCAAGGCGUUCCAGCAGUCGAGCGCCGAGGGCUGCGUCCACUGCGGCGGCAAGUGCCACGCGGAGUGCUACGCCGCCUUCAAGCAGGCGAGCGCCCCCAAGUGCAUACACUGCGGCGCGCCGGUGUGCAAGGUGGAGGGCAAGUUUGACGGGCGGUUCAUGGAGGUGGAGGGCAAGGGGAAGGUGCACGGCGAGUGCUACGCGGCGUAUCAAGUCGCCGCGGCGCCAAGGUGCCUUCACUGCGGCGAGCCAGUCGCCAAGGUGCAGGGCAAGUUCGACGGAAGAUACUACGAGGCGGACGGGGGCAAGGUUCACGGCGAGUGCUGGGCCAAGUACAAGGCGAGGCCAAAGUCCAAGAAGAGGUCGAAACGACUAGAGAAGCGCGGCUGA